UGACUCACCUCUGACCUAUAGGACACCCCAGAAGGCCAGCAGCCAAUGGGAACCCCCCAAGUGCUGACCUUUCAGGUGACCCCUACAGACUACCUGUUGGGCGUGGCCGACCUGACAGGUGAGCUGAUGAGGAUGUGUAUCAGUAGCGUGGGGAACGGGGACAUGGACACGCCCUUCCAGGUGUCCAUGUUCCUGCGUCAGAUCCACGAUGGUUUCUCCUACAUCGGUAACACUGGUCCUUAUGAGGUCAGUAAGAAGCUCCACACGCUGAGACAGAGUCUGUCCAAGGUGGAGGAUGCCUGCUAUACCCUGAAGGUGCGGGCAGAGAUCCCCAAACACAUGCUGGCUGACGUCUUCUCAAGCAGGACAGCCAUGAUGGACCAGGAUGAAGGACUGGCCUAGCGAUGGGGGUGGGGUU